UUAGUAAUGGCGUCGCGUGUGUUUACGAUUGCAAGUCGCAAACGCGCCGGCAGUCUGUGAAAUAACCUUCGAGACCAUUAACUGAAAGAUUCCUCAGUGAAACUGCCUGCGAAAGACAUUCUCCAGAAGUUUCGUGAGUCGUGUUUCGUUUCAGAGCGCACAACUUUCCCAAUUCGGCAGGAACAAGCCUUGGUGCCGGCGGUGCUUUCGAACCACAGAAGUCUUUCAGAAGCUCAGACUGCGUGCUUCGCGACGUUCGGUAGCAGAAGGAUAAACUAGGCGCGGGAUCGACUGCGAAGCAGCGCCGCCAUGCCGUACGCCAACCAGCCGUCGGUGCACAUCAGCGAGCUGACCGACGAGAACGUCAAGUUCUUCGUCGAGGACACGGACCUGAGCGUGGCCAACAGCCUGCGGCGGGUGUUCAUCGCCGAGACGCCGACGCUGGCCAUCGACUGGGUGCAGCUCGAGGCAAACUCGACCGUGCUCCACGACGAGUUCAUCGCGCACCGGCUGGGCCUGAUCCCGCUCACCAGCGACGAGAUCGUCGACAAGAUGCAGUACUCGCGCGACUGCACGUGCGCCGACUUCUGCACCGAGUGCUCGGUCGAGUUCACCAUCGACGUCAAGUGCCUGGACGAGCAGACGCGGCACGUGACCACCGCGGACCUCAAGUCGAGCGACCCGCGCGUCGUGCCGGUCACGUCGCGCCACAAGGACGACACCAACGAGUACGGCGAGACCGAGGACAUCCUCAUCGUCAAGCUGCGCAAGGGCCAGGAGGUCAAGGCCCGCGCGUACGCCAAGAAGGGCUUCGGCAAGGAGCACGCCAAGUGGAACCCCACGUGCGGCGUGGCGUUCGAGUACGACCCGGACAACGCGUUCCGGCACACCACCUACCCGCGACCCGAGGAGUGGCCCAAGAGCGAGUACACGGAGCUGGACGAGGACCACGCCGAGGCCGAGUUCCAGAGCGAGGGCAAGCCCAACAAGUUCUUCUUCAACGUCGAGUCGUCGGGCGCCUUGAAGCCCGAGACCAUCGUGCUGACCGGCCUGAGCGUGCUCAAGAAGAAGCUGAGCGACCUCCAGACUCAGCUGUCGCACGAGCUGCCCUGCGAUUCGCUCACGAUCAACUGAUGGAGGGAAGCCCGUUCGUUCAUUUCUUGCAAGGACACGCGUAACCGUUUCAUACUGUUAAUAAAGCAGAAAACCUCGUUGCCA